AUGACUGGUAGUUCAUUUAUCCAACUUCAAGCCACCAGAAACCUAAGAAGCACGGGGACGGGUACGGCUGAUCGAAAUGGGGGACGGUCAAAGCUUAUCCGGGACGUUUCGGGGACGUACCCAAAGGUAAUUUUGGCUGAGGAGACAACCUCCGAGGAUGAAGAAGUGGGAUCUUCAGCCGAGGAAGAAGAAGAGGAUGAAGAACCCCAAACCCAGUCUACUCCAUUGAUCCAAAAGAGCCCACCUCCCAGGAAGCUUGAUCCUGCGAUAGCCGUCGCGGGGAAUGAAGAAUCUGAGGAAUCCGGGACUGAGUCGGAAUCCGAAUCCGACACGGCUAUGCCGAAUGUCAAGCCUCUUGCGACGAACCCAUGGAAGACAUGAACGCGAAGAAACCCAUAUCCGAGACUGUUGAAAGGUAUGUUGGAUUACUCUGCUAAAAAAGAGGCUGAUCCUUGUGUUGAUAUGAAUGCAUUUUAUGAUUUUGUUAAGAAAUCGAUUCAUACUGAAUUACUGAU